GCCAUGCGGCCGGCCAGGGCGCUGCUCGCCCUCUGCGGCCUGGUCUGGAGCAGCACGGGAGGCCCUUCCCGAGAUUUUUGUUCCCAGAUCCUUAACUCAGAUGUGAAGCCAGGAUUUCCCAAAACAAUCAAGACCAAUGAUGCAGGAGUCCUCAAAGCGGCCAGACACAGUGUUGAAAGGUUCAACAACUGCACAGACGACAUCUUCCUCUUCAAGGAGUCCCACAUCAGCAGAGCCCUGGUCCAGAUAGUGACAGGCCUGAGGUACAUGCUCGACGUGGAAAUUGGCAGAACCACCUGCAAGAAAACCAAGCACCCUAGUCUGGACAACUGCGACUUCCAAACCAACGGCACCUUAAAGCGGACUCUGAGCUGCUACUCUGAAGUCUGGGUCAUCCCUUGGCUCCAGAGGUUCGAGGUGCCUGUUCUCCUUUGUCACUGACUUCCUCUCAGCAAGACUGCAGCUGGGAUGAUCACGCAUCACCUGUGCUCUUUAUUGCCCUCAGUCCCAGCUCCGUUCCCGGCUGUCACAGACCCUCUGGGCCUUCGGAAAUAGUAUCUCAUGAGUGAGCAGAAUGGAAGUGCCCGUGGGUUCAUGGCAGAAUAGCUGGGACAGAAGCCACCGCCCCGUGACUAGAUUAAAUAGAUUGCAUUUUCUUCUAAACUUAAUGAAUUUUACUGAUGCUGUGCACCUGAUUCAGGGUCUAAACAUAUGGGACUGAGUCCUCCAACGGGAAUUAUUCGGGUUCUUGACCCCUGAGGGAGCCCCCUCCCACUCGAUUACCCUGUGGUCUCAAGCUUGCUGAUGAAAGCCCAGAGAUCCAUCCUCACGUCUGAGUAAUCAUUACAGCACUGGGCGGGGGACACGUCUGCUAUUGAGCAUCUUGACCUUUCGUGGAUGAAUAAAGUUAUGAAUAAAUGUGAACAAAGAACUGACCAU